AUGUUGGGGCUCGGGCGUUCAACCAGAAAUCCUGAAACUCCCACGCCCGGAGUCGGCUCACUUUCCGCCUCACCACCCCUCCAUGGCGGUGGUGCGCAGCUCACUCAGGCAAAGCGCCUGGAGAUCUUAUUGAGGCAACACAACCAAGCGAAAAACCAGACGUUCUACGGCCACGCCCACGAGAAGGUCCAGAGCAAGCGGAAGAGCACCCUAGUGUCCCCCGACGCCCUGACGGCCAUCGAUGGGCAGACUAAAGUUCUCUACGACGAAAAUCUCUGCCUCGAACUCAGAGAGGGUCUUUACGAUGCCGCCGAGUGGCUUGUGCCCUCCGCCGACGACGAGUACGACAUGCUCGUGGAGGAGUUGCGGCGCUCGACGCAGUUCGGCAACAAGGAAGCUGUCACGCGCGCCUCGGGAGAGAAGGGCCUCGAAUCCUUCAUUCACGCCUACGUCGCGAGACCCGCCAACGCCAUCCUCGACGCAGCCUAUGCCAGGGCGCAGUUGAACUUGACCGUGGAGAGCUUCCAGGCGGUAGCAAUCUGGCCGCAGUCGCCUGAGCCGACGAAAACCAAGGGCAAGCAGAGGCAGCAGCAGACCUCCAGGCUGGACUCCACCGUCGAAGCUAUCGGCUGGAAGUCCGUAGGGGUCGGCGAGGCCGGGAAGCCGGACUUUGAGCUGGGAGUUCGGGUGCGGACGGGUGCGACGCGUCACGAAAACCAGAUCGCGUUUCAGGAGACCAAGACUGAGUUGACGCUGGCACCCGAGAAGGCUGACGCGUUAGUGCGGGCUGUUCGGAAAGGUGUUGCCUUCCAUAGCACCAUCCCCGACGAUUCUUCUGACAAAAUUCACCCUCUCCCUGCUGAUUUCCCCGGCGGCAGCACCAAAGUUAUUUUGACUACCCUUGUUCGUCCUAACAACAAACGCGCGAACCGUCCGUCUGAAUUGCUCGCCCUGGAGCAGGUUGUGUGCGAGCUUCUGGGGAAGCGGCGGCUGAAGAAUCCUCUCACAAAGGACAUCGCCAUGAUUCUCACCAGUUUCGAAACGCACGUCGUUGCCGAGCUCCGUGGGUCCACCGUCUACUGGUCUGAUCCCAUGUCUUCCGAAGAAUUCCCGUUGCUCCAGCUGUAUCUCGCGGUAGCAGUAAGAGCCUUGAAAGCCCAUGGCCUCUUGCAGCUAGGGCCCAGGUCGGACAGCGACAAACACAAGAGAUCAUUCAGGGAAUGGAGUAAGGACACCUUCUUGACCCCGACGAAGCACGCAGCCAGCAGAGUUCGCAGAAGUGCCAGUGGUCUUUUCCAUCAUGAAGAAGUGUAG